CGCGAUAUCGAUUAUUUCAAAGACUGGCCUACGAUUAAAACCAAAAUGCCGUUUGGACAAGUCCCUGUGUUGGAAGUGGAAGGAGUAAAAAUGUUGGCUCAGUCGCACACAAUUGCUCGCUACUUGGCCCGCCGACAUGGACUGGCCGGUCAAAACGACUGGGAACAGAGUCAAGCUGACAUGUAUUGCGAUUGCGUCUAUGAUUUGCAUAACGCAACGGUGGAUGCUACGUGGGAAACAGAUCCCGUAAAGCAAAAGGAGCUAUUCGAUAAAGUCAACCAAGAUACAAUUCAACCACACUUGGAGAAGGUUGAGCAACACCUUGUCAAGAAUGGUGGCGGUCAUCUGGUGGGCCAAGGGUUAACUUGGGCUGACAUCGCGUACUAUGCUUAUUUCACGACCCCCAUCAUGACGCGCCUGGGAGGUGAAGUCCUUACCAAGGCGCCUCAUCUCAAGAAACUAAUCGAGACGGUCGGCCACAAUCCCAACAUUCAAAAAUACGUCGAGGCCCGUCCUGUUACAUCUGGAUAAAUACGCCAUAUCAGGCCUAUUGUUCCCAAAUUAUCACAUCCGCAUUAUUUCCUUACGUCAAUGUGAUACAUUUUAAGAUUACAA